AUGCUCUGCGGAAUCUCUGGAGAAGCUCCUCAAGAGCCAGUCGCGUCCAAAAAGUCCGGCGUCGUCUACGAGAAGCGACUUAUCGAGCAAUACAUUAACGAGCACGGCACCGAGCCCAGCACUGGCGAGGCUCUCACAGCCGAGGACCUCCUGCCUAUCAACUCCUCCCGCAUCGCGCGUCCACGCCCGCCUACGCUGACUUCGAUACCCGCGCUACUCGCUACCUUCCAAAACGAGUGGGAUAGUCUCGCAUUAGAAACAUAUAAUCUGCGUGAGCAGCUUGCUCGCACAAGAGAGGAGCUCGCCACCUCUCUGUACCAGCACGAUGCCGCCGUUCGCGUCAUUGCCCGGUUGACCAAAGAGAGGGAUGAGGCGAGACAUGCCCUGAGCAGGAUUACUGUUUCUGGUGGUGGCGCCAACGCCGCCGCCGACGAAAUGGCGGUUGAUACCGAAGGCUUACCAGAGGCACUGGCGGCUCGUGUAGACGAAGUCCACCAAGAACUUUCCAAGGGCCGCAAAAAGCGUCCUGUACCCGAGGGCUGGGUCAAACCCAGCGAAGUUGCCGCUUUCGAGAUCACAGCUACGAACGCGCUGCCAAUUGCGCAGACGAGCUGCUUGGAUACCGAGGGCGCCUACGCUGCUGUGGCAGGCCUGGAGGGCAAAGCGGCCAUCUAUGCUGUUGCGGCUGACUCUCUGGAGCGCGAGAUAACUGUUGGCGAGCCUGCGACCAGCACGCUGUGGACAGGCUCCAAGUUGAUCUUUGGCACCGGCAAUGGCGGCGUGAAGGUCUUUGAAGGCGGCAACCAGGUCGCCGCUGCUUCGGAGCAUUCCGGCCCAACGACUGGUCUCAGCGUCCAUCCCAGCGGCGAUAUUAUUGCCUCAGUCGGCACUGAUAAGAGUCUCGUUCUAUACGAUUUAGCCAGCCUAAAGCGUGUGAGCCGAACCUUUGUUGAUGCCUCGCUCACAACUGUGGCCUUCCACCCUGAUGGCCACCUUGUCGCUGCCGGCACCGUCACUGGCGAUGUGAGAUUAUAUAUGUCCAAAACGCUGGAGCAGGCGGCCGUCUUCAAGCUGGGUGCCCCCAUCCAGGCCCUCACAUUCUCCGAAAAUGGCUUCUGGCUAGCAGCUACCGCCAAGGGCCAGAACUCGGUCACGGUGUUCGAUCUUCGCAAGGAGGGCGACGCCGCCACGGCCAAGGUUCUCGAGACGGGCGCGGUCCAGUCGCUCGCUUGGGACUACACCGGCCAGUACCUGGCCACGGCAGGUCCCUCGGGCCUGACCAUCCAGCAGUAUGCCAAGGGUAGCAAGAAGUGGGCAGAGCCAUUCCGCAAUGCCACGGGUGCAGUCGCUGUGCGAUGGGGCGAGUCGGGCAAGACUCUGGUAGCUGUCAACGGCGAGGGAGUUGUCAGUGUCGUAGGUGUCAAGGCAUAA